AUGGUUGGACUUAAGCAAGUCGCGGCACUAGCUGCCGCAUCCUACACGGCGGCAACCCACGCGAGCGCCAUCCCCGAUGCUUCCUUUUCCGACCUCGCCGGUUUCGCCGGCGGUGCCCCUCAACCAUCGACCCCCGCCAGCCGGCACCGCAGCAUCAACAAGCGACAGACGGCCGGCGGCUUCAUCGACACCAACGCCGCCCCCAUCGUCAGCGACUGCGGCGUGGCGGCGACCUUUAGCCUCAACACUCUCGGUCAGCUCGUCGUAGACGACUUGGUCAUCUCCAUGAACCCGGGGACGCCCUUCAUUCCCCUCCGCCCCAUCAGCCCGCCGGGCAGCGUCACCGUCACCUUCAGCCUCAACAACGGCGCGCUGACCUGGGCGAACGCCAACUUCUUUGGCGGCCAGGCCGGGUUCUGCCAGGAUCCUUCGGGGCAGGUUUAUGCGACGUUUGCUGACCCAAGCGUGUCCUACCCGGCGAAUUGUGCACCGGUCCAACUCGGUCCCAUCAUUGCAUCCACAUGCCAAAACAGCGGCGGCCUAAGCAGCUCCCUCACCACCUCCGCAACGACCGUGCCCCCGCCGGGCACGACCGUGACCACCCUCGGCAGCACCAUCGUCACCACCGGCCCCGGCGGUAAUUUGACCACCACAGUCAGCAGCUUCGCCACGACCCUCACCCCGGGUCCCCCCUUUGUGGAACCGACGACGUCGGCCGUGGCCAACGGCACGCUCACACUGCCCCCGGGUCUGUACACGGUAGCCGGUUUCGCGAACCCGGCCGGAGCCGUCUGCUCGAUCGUCUCCGAGUCUUGGAUCAUUGGGGAGACGUCACUGCUUCCCGCGGUUGCUACUUCCAGUGGGAUCUAG